AUGACGCCGCUGUCCAAAGAACAAGUGAUUGAAGCUGGACCAAUACCUGACGGACGACCUCUAGCACCCCUGGCGUGGACAAAGAGCCCUGUGGUGGGGAUACUACCUACGAAGAAGAGGAGGAAGGUUAAGAUCCUGGGAUGCUACCUAGAGGAGGGAGGUAAAGAUCCUCGGGAACUUCCUAGAGGAGGAGGUAAGUUAGAGGAGGUGUACAGUGCCCUGGUGGAGGCCUCCCAUCCCAACAUGGUGGUGUAUAGGAGGGAGCAGAUCCCUGAGCGUCUCCACUACCGUCACAACAACAGGAUCAUGCCCAUAAUUAUCGAGGCCAAGGAGGGCUGGACCAUCACCCAGAACAGAACCACUGGACCACACAUGUUGGGUAACCACGGCUACGACAACACCCUACCCAGCAUGCAUCCUGUCUUGGUGGCGCGUGGCCCCGCCUUCCGUCAGGACUACGUGAAGAGGUCCAUGCGUUCCGUUGACCUCUACCCCCUCAUGUGUCACAUCCUGUCUGUCCGGCCCCGCCCCAACAAUGGUUCUCUAGCCCGGGUUAUGGACCUCCUCUCCGAGCCCUCCCCCCCCACACACUCCACCCCCCUGGAGGGCAGAUACCAGCCUUCCUUCGCCACCGCCCUGGGCGUGGUCCUGGGGGUUGUCAUGGUGACAGGGUUCCUGGUGGUUAUCGUCAAACAGAUGACGAUCCGACAACUACCCAACAGGCAGAGAGAGAUGGCCCAGCCGCUAUUACUUGGAGAACUACAGCUUUAGAGAGGAGAGGCAGAGGAGAGGAGAGAGGAGAGAGAGAGGAGGAGAGGAGAGGGAGUUAGAAGAGAGAGGAGGAGAGGAGAGGGAGUUAGGAGAGAGAGAGGAGGAGAGAAGAAAGGAGAGGAGAGGAGGAGAGUUGACGCCGUACACCGGUAAAGGACAGUAGUUAACCAGGCUUCAGUGUGGUGGAGGAGCAGAGGAGAGGAUACGUGUGGCUUUAUUCUGAUGGUUAUCUUGUUGUUAAUCUCAUCAGACAGGAGCAGUCAUAAUAACAAUAAGAAGCAAUAGUACAACGGACACCAAGCGUAAUAAGGGAGUAAAUCUAGUAUGUGGUUGAGUUGUUAUGCCGUACAGUGAAUCAGAGAACCACUGUGAGAUCUGAGUUCAUUUAUUUAGUCAGGCUUUGU